AUAGGUAUUCUACCAUAACGUGUGAUUCUUCACCGUGUUAUGAAGAAUCCUAACCAUGAUAGGCUAAUUAAUUAUCUCAUUCGAUUAAUCACAAUUGACAGAUCAAAAUGGAAAUGUUAGUUCGAUAUCUCGACAGGAGAGAGUCCAGUAGUUCCAUAACCCAAAGUGUCAUUAAAGAGGAGGUGCUGAGGGAUGACCUGAAAUACUAUUUUAUGAGCCCCUGUGAAAAGUACAGGGCCCGAGGACAGGUCCCAUGGAAACUGGGGGUGCAGAUACUCAAAAUUGUCAUGAUCACCACACAGCUGAUUCUGUUUGGCCUCAACAACCAGCUGGUGGUUUCCUAUAAGGAGGAAAAUGUAAUGGCAUUUAAGAACCUGUUUCUAAAAGGCUACAGUGGUGUGGAUGAGGAUGACUAUAGUGUGGCUGUUUACACCCAACAAGAUGUCUACGACAGGCUCUUUUAUGUACUGGAUCAGUACGACCACCUGGGUCACCUUUCUGUGGGGCCUAUCAGCUAUGCUGAGGAUAAUGGGAAGCCGGUGCCACUGAUCAUGUGUAAGGAGUACUACAAGAGAGGGAGUGUCAAGCCUUCUGACGAGGCCUACGACAUAGAGGCCCAGUUGGAAACAGUUUGUAUGUCAAAAGAUCCAGCCUCUGUGCAUGGAUGGAGAACUGAAAAUUCUUCAUUUUUUGAUUUGGAAUUUUAUAGGCUAGUAGACAUCAAGAUAACUUUCCAACUAAAAGGAAUCAACCUCCAAACAGUGCGCUCGCAUGAGUUACCUGACUGUUACACAUUCUUUGUCACUAUUACAUUUGACAAUCAGUGUCACAGUGGAAAGGUGAAAAUCUUCCUCGAGAUCGAUGCACUGAGUAGCCCAUGCAAAAAUUGGAAGAUAUCUGGGACUGCCCAGAAGAACACACACUAUCUACUGUUUUUUGACGGUUUUGUCAUCCUGGUGUGUUUGACCUCAGCAGUGCUGUGCACUCGCUCCAUCGUUUUGGCAGUUCGGUUACUUCAGCGAUUUUCAAGAUUCUUCUAUGACAAUUAUAAACGCAACGUGUGCAAAUCAGACAAAAAGGAGUUCUUAAAUGGUUGGUAUGUUUUGGUUAUCGUCAGUGACACCCUGACCAUAGUAGGAUCCAUAUUGAAGAUGGAAAUACAAGCAAAGAGUCUGACCAGCUAUGAUGUGUGCAGUAUCUUCUUGGGAACGUCUACAUUAUUGGUGUGGGUGGGGGUCAUCAGAUACCUUGGAUACUUUCAGAAAUACAAUGUUCUCAUCCUGACCAUGAAAGCUGCCUUCCCCAAGGUUCUACGCUUCUGCUGCUGUGCUGGAAUGAUCUAUCUUGGCUAUACUUUCUGUGGCUGGAUAGUACUUGGGCCCUACCAUGAAAAGUUUGAGGGCCUAAGUCGUGUGGCAGAGUGCCUGUUCUCCCUGGUGAACGGAGACGACAUGUUCACCACCUUCGCCCAGCUAAAGGACAGGAACACGCUGGUGUGGGUCUUUAGCCGUGUCUACCUCUACUCGUUCAUCUCCCUCUUCAUCUAUAUGGUGCUGUCACUCUUCAUUGCUAUCAUCACAGAUGCAUACGAGACCAUCAAGAACUACCAGAAGAAUGGCUUUCCCUUAACUGACCUUCAGAAGUUCCUGAAAGAAGACAAAGACUUUCCUCCUGGUGAGGACACAGAGACCGACUCACAGAUGAGAUACUCAUCUCCCUGCUGCUGUAGACGAGUUCCAAGAGAUGAUGACAUCACACUUAUCAGCUGACAGCAAGCUCCCCUGACACUCCAGAAAAUGCUGGGAGAAGAGGAUUCAGAGAACAAGGAACAGGAUCCUCUGCUAGUGACGAAAAUACCCUGAAAAACAUUGUUAAGCACAUUAUUUACAUAUAGGCCAAUCUGUUGACUCUUUGCUAAUAUUUGCUGUAUUUCUAUCUUGAGUAUUUCCAGGCUGACACCAGCAAUGCAUGGCUAUUGAUAUUCAUUCUAAUCCACCCAUGCAAUGUUUCUGAAGUACAAAGGAAACGUAAAAUGUGGAAAAUAUGUGUUGCUGGUUUAGACUUACACUGAAUCUUUAAUACACUGAAUGGACCCCUUUAUCUACAGAUGUGUUAUUGUUUGUAUCUAUGAAUCAAUACUCAACAUUCAGUCUUGUUGUCAUUGUUAAUAGUAAACUGUGCGUGUUGAAUACA